AUGGUCGUCAUCGGAUUUCUCAUUUUGAUAUGUUUGAAGAGGCGGCCUUUCUGCGUUCCUCCGACAUCCCGUGACCUGGAUCAAGCCGAAAUGUUCAAGCCCAAGCAGGAUGCGGUGGGUAGGGUGAUUUCAAAACAAGGAACUAUCUCUGCGAAGAGUGCUGGCUUUUCCUUCAAAGACCACGGUGACGAUAUUGGUACCGACAUGUCUGAGGAAAAAGGGCCACAAAGUAAACCAGAAGAAGAGAACACAGCGAAAGCGCAAAAACCUUUCGACGUAGAAAAAGUAGUCAAAACCCUUACUUUUGAAGAUCCAGAACCGGUACAAGCUCCUGAUGAGAACAAUGCGAAUGAUUGCGAGAAACGCUUAUCCCAUAGUAAGUCAGCGAAGAAAAAUCAAACUGAUACAGGAGAUUAG